AUGUGUACAGUCUGGAAUAUUGAUGAUUUGGAUGUAGCUAAUUUUGAAGUUCCUUUUCCUCCUGACCCAUCAGUAGAAGAAUUUAAACCAAAAGAAAACGGGGAGAUGGUGACCAAGUGUAACAAAUUUUUUAUUUACCGCUCUUACGUAAAUAAAGUGUUGGAGCGUAGAGGUAUCAAAUUGAAUGGUGGCGGUCAAAAGUUUAGUACAUUUGCGAAGAUGCUUUGGACUAAUGAACCUGAAGAUCAAAAAAAAUAUUACGGGGAAAUAGCAAAAAAGCGUUGGAAUGCUCAAAAAACCUAUUAUGAGAAAAUAUCGAAAAAUAAUGGAGAAGAAUCGACAAAGCUAAUAGGAUCACAAACGUUGACCAACAACAAAUUAACCACCAACAGAUAG